GCUGCCUGGAGGAAAGCCCAGGGCCAUGGCAAGCCAGGCCGAUUUUGAGGAAGACAGCCAGAAGCAACCAGCUGUGGAACACUGGAAGACACUAAUGCCAUCCAAAGGCAACAAGGAGGACCCAGAGACUGGAUGCCAGGAUGCUGGAGGUGUGGAUGAGACCCAGUCCACCGAGCAGCUCAAUGUGUCACGUCUACGCAGCUCUUCAGUGGAGAUUCGUGAGAAGGGGUCUGAAUUCCUGAAGGAAGAGCUGCACAAAGCACAAAAGGAGCUGAAGCUGAAGGACAAAGAAUGUGAGAGAUUGUCAAAAGUCAGAGAACAACUGGAGCAGGAACUAGAGGAGUUAACAGCUAGCCUAUUUGAGGAAGCGCACAAGAUGGUGAGAGAAGCAAACACUAAACAGGCGGCGUCAGAGAAACAGCUGAGGGAGGCACGGGGGAAGAUCGACAUGCUGCAGGCAGAAGUAACAGCUCUGAAGACGCUGGUGAUCACAUCCACACCUUCCUCUCCCAACCGGGAGCUGCACCCUCAGCUCCAGAGCCCUUCUAAAGCUGUCUUCAGGAAGGGUCAUGGGCGAAACAAAAGCACCAGCAGUGCAGUGGUCUCGGCUGCCAGCCAGAAUGUGACUCCAGAGCCAGUCAGUCAUGAGUGCAAAGAGGUCGACUCCAUUUUAUUUGCUGAGUUCCAGGCCUGGAAGGAAUCUCCAACUUUGGAUAAAUCCUGCUCCUUCCUGGACAGAAUUUAUCGAGAAGAUAUAGGACCUUGUCUGGACUUCACUAAGCAGGAGCUGUCGGAGCUGGUGCGAGUGGCUGUGGAGCAGAAUACGCUCACCAUUGAGCCGGUUGCUUCCCAGACACUGCCUGUGGUGAAGGUGUCAGCAGAAGAGUGCGGUGGGCCAAAGAAAUGUGCUCUGAGUGGCCUCCCCAGGACCUGCAAGCACCGCAUCAUGUUGGGGGAUUCUGGGAAUUACUACUACAUUUCACCAUCCUGCAGGGCCAGGAUCACAGCGGUGUGCAACUUCUUCACAUACAUUCGCUAUAUCCAGCAGGGCUUGGUGAGGCAGGAUGUGGAGCUGAUGUAUUGGGAGGUCAUGCGGCUCCGGAGGGAGAUGUCUCUGGCCAAACUUGGGUUUUAUCCCAGUGAGAUGUGAGCAGAGGCCUGAAAUUGCUCCUGUAUGACCGACUUGUCAAACGUAGUCUGCCAAACAGAUGAAUGCAGUGCCUCUCCUGCAAUGGGCCUUACUCCCUCCCUCCCUACCCUCCCUCUGCAUGAAGCUGAUCAAGGAGCAAGAAGCACAAGUUUCACCUUCAGCUGUCCCACUUACCCAACUGUGACUGGAAUGCAGCUGCCAAGCUACCCCUUCAGAGCUGGGCUGGCCCUGGCUGCUCUGGGGUGGCCAUCUACAGACUGUCCUCUUCGGAGUCUCCUAUAUGCAGUGUAUAUCCAUUUUUUUUUUUAAACUUUUGUUUUUAUAUGCAGUCUGCUUUGGCAUAGUCUGAGGCCAGCCCUGUGCAAGGCAGGAGUCCUGGACUUUCUUUGUAAGCAAGUUUUUCAGGACAGAUGCUGGCUGUCUGUCCAUCUGUUCCACUCAUUCUUUGGGGUGGAGGGUGCUGUGUCCAGCUAUACACCUGGGUCCUGCUGACCACUAACUCCCCUAACGGCCCCGUAAAUGCCAGCAGCACACAAUAAUCUUAUGGAGAGCCAUGAACAGCCUGUUUCCAAGUACUUCCUUGCUCCUUUUAAAGGAGCCUGCAAGAGAAGCUUUCUGCCAACUAAGUCACAAAGAGGGGAUUUGUGUUUGUGCUUGUGAUUUGGCACUGGGUGAUCCAGGCUAGGGGAAGAGCCGGAGCAGAGGCCGGAGCUGUGCACCUGGGGCCUUCAGCAGAAGAAAGCGAGCAGGGAAAUUGCGUAACUCGCAGCUGGCUGCAGCUUGGCUGCAGUCUGCAGGCUGUUUUCUCCUGGUCUAGAGAAUCUGCUGCAGUGGUCACAGGCAGAUGUGGACCUUGACGGGUGGUGCCCUGUGACAAUCCUUGGUGCAGAAGUCCCCCAUGGUGCUCUUGGAUACAAACCUCACCCCCAGACAGAUGGCUUUGAGCUGUUCCUGCUCUCAGGGUAGCUUUGGGAAGUGCUGGCCCCACUGUUUAGAUAGAAACCAUGGUCCCAGGCUGGGUUCUUUAUGGCUCCAGAAGGAGCAUGCCCAGGCUGGGAACACUCUUGAGGCCCCGAGAUUUCCUCCCCAGUAUUGCAUCAGACCUAGAGAUGCAUGUUCACUGGGAAACGUGGCUUCUUCUGGGCUGCCAUUCACAGUGAGGAGAUUGGAGAUAUCUUUGUGUGCGUAUGAGGGCUGUGGUUCCUCUUUGCCUCAAAUGUGCUGGGAAGAAUGUCACUAAAGCUGUUGUAAAGCAGAAGCACUCCAUAACUUGAACUCAGACCCAGGUUUGUCUGUACAGAACUGUGUUGAAGCCAUGACAGUGUUUUGUAGCCAAUUUAGCCUUUUUUUUCAGUGACUCUGGAAUCCUGGGGGUUUCAUCUCACAUGGCAUUUCUGCACUCUUGACUGGCAUAUCACCCUGUCCCUCUGUCAUCAUCAUAACUCCCAUCUUAGCAAGCUGGUGCCCAGAACAGGAUCACCAUCCUCAGCUCCAUUAAGUUUCAUCCUCUCCUGGGAGAUGCUACAGUAGGAACUCUGUAUCUUCAGCAAAAGAAAACUAACUGAGCUGCUGUGUUUUUGUCCAGGGGAGGGAGGAAUAGACAGGAAAGGCAAAAGUUUUGGUUUGGAACCUAAUACAAGGACAGCUUCACAGCAGAUCUGGGAAAACCUUCCUGUAGAAGACCCCCAUGAGCACAAGCUUUCCUGUCACUGAGCAGACUCACAGUAUGCUGCCGAGUUGCUCCUCAGGGGACUCCUUUCCUUAUAGCUAUACUGGCAUAUGGUAUCGUUUGCCAGGGUUUAGUAGCUAUGUGAAACUAGAGUCGUCAUCCCCAGAGCUGGGAGAACACAUUCCUGACAAUACAUGCUGGUUUUGAAUCCACCUCCUUCAGCUCAGAAAGGGUUGACCUGCAAGUCCGAGUUGUUAACGCCCCAGUUCUGCUUCUGCUUCCUAUGGCUGAGUGCCCCAGCUCACGCUGCUCACCCUUGCUAGGUGAGCGUGCACAUCUGCUACUCUUCACCAAAGGAAUAUGUUUCAAAUGUGGAGUAAAAGCCUGGAAAAUACAUGGGUAAGAGUCUGGCUGGGUCUUGAGCUAGUGAUAAACCUGCAUCUCUUUUGGUGGUGUCUGCAGGCUUGUGGCAAUUUGACAUCAACUUUUCUAGAGGAGAAAAUAGAAAUGUCUUUUCCCAGCUGCGGAUUUCAGCUCAGGUAAAUUCUGUCCCUGGCAGUUUCUCCUUAUAUCUGUUCCCCCUGACCUUUUGAUCUCUGCAUGUCAUCCUGUGCCAUUAGCUGCUACAUUGCACAACAGACGUUGCUGCGUUGCAGCACUGGGGAUGAGAUGAUCUCUCUAUGUAGGAGACAUUUUGGUUUGUGGGAUUUAUUUUUUUUUUCCCCAGUGUCACUUUGUAAAGCACUUUGAGAUGAAAGGAAUUAGAGAAAUGCAUUGUAUAAGGUUGUCUUAGAUGUAAAACAAAGCAGAGAGAACAAUUUGUAAAUUAAUAUGAAGUUACUCCGUUAACAGCGGGAUGGUUGCACCCUGCUCUUUAGUAAAGGAAAAUAAA